AUGAUUGGUAGCUUGGAUUGUCGUCAAUGGCGUUGGUAUAAUUGUACAACCGCAUGGCGAUGUCAACAUACACGGGGUGACCAGAAAGGGCCAACUUUGGUUUUACAAGCGGUUGCGUCAUACGACCUUUGGAUUUGGUCGGCUUUCUUUGGUGUAGCCGGGUGUACGAACGACAUUAAUACGUUCGAGGCUUCACCAUUGUUAGAGAACUACAUUUCUGAAACGAUACCAAAGGCCGGUUUUCAUGCAAACGGGAACGACUACGAGCAUGGCUACUAUCUGGGCGAUGGUAUAUACCCGGAGUAUUCGAAUGUUGUUAAAACGUUUUCUGAAACGUUCGAUGAGAAAAGACAGUAUUUUAAAAAACUACAAGAGUCUUCGCGAAUGGACAUCGAGAGGUGUUUUGGGAUUCUACAACAACGAUGUCAUUUUAUCAGAAAUCCUUGUCUUGUGUGGCAUAAGGAUCGAAUACGAAUGACCAUGUAUGCUUGCAUCAUUAUGAAUAAUAUGAUCAUAGAGGAUGAUGGAAAAGCGAUAUUCCAAAACUAUAUUCCGGAAGAUGUAGUUGAAGGAACCCAAGCAACAAUGGAAGAAAGACUCGUAAAUGCUCAACUAUUGCGAUCUAAGGAUAUACAUAACGCGUUAAAGGCGGAUUUGGUCGAGCAUACUUGGGCGGUUCGCCCAAUUCGACAUGAUGGUGACGACGAAGAAGACUUCGAGGAAGAAGAAGUUGAGGAAUUCGAAGCCGGGAACUUUGAAGACGUAGGUUUGGAUGCCGGAGAAAACGAAGAGGAAGGAGAGAACGACGAUGAAGACGAAGAAUUAAUGUAUUGUUUUUUUUAG